GUAGACUUUUUCCAAACAUAGUCAAAAGAUGUUCCAAAUUAGGGGUUUUUCUUUACAAGAAAAAUGAUGUCAUUUGGCCAGUUUAUUUAGUAAAAGAGCAUUUACGUACAUACUAGCGCAAGGAAUAGAAGAAUUUCUUAAAAAAACUAGACAUAAAGGAGAAAGUUGUGUUACAGAGACACCCACAGGUGAAAAUGACAGAAGCAGCUCCAAAUAGAGGUCAUGCCACAUUAGAUGAAGUUUCAAAUUUAACUAUGGAAGGUAUUGGUGGAGUUGAGUUAAAAAAACCACAAGACAAUGAAGCCACUUUUAAAACAGGUACUUUUAAGGUCAAAGCAGGUAUGGCCCAAAUGGCAAAGGGAGGAAUAAUAAUGGAUGUGACGAAUCCAGAUGAAGCAAGAAUUGCUGAAGAGUGCGGUGCUUGUGCUGUUAUGGCCCUGGAGAGAGUGCCAGCUGAUAUACGAAGAGACGGAGGCAUUGCUAGAAUGUCGGAUCCCAAAAUGAUCAAGGAAAUCAUCAGCGCUGUUACCAUCCCAGUGAUGGCGAAGUGUCGUAUCGGUCAUUUUGCAGAAGCUCAAAUCUUACAAAGUCUGGGAGUUGAUAUGAUCGAUGAGUCUGAAGUACUUUCGCCAGCUGAUGAAGUGAAUCACGUGGACAAACAUCCUUUCACCGUCCCUUUCGUAUGUGGUGCACGUGACUUGGGUGAGGCGUUAAGGCGCAUAAGUGAGGGCGCCGCCAUGAUAAGAACAAAAGGUGAAGCGGGGACAGGGGAUGUCAAAGAAGCAGUUCGUCACGCCCGAUCUAUACGUGCUCAAAUAAAACGAGCCAUGGGAAUGGACAGUACUGAGUUAUAUACGUAUGCGAAAGAAUUGCAAGUUCCCUUUGACUUGUUGAAGAAGACUGCAGAAAUGGGACGAUUACCCGUCGUUAAUUUUGCUGCAGGUGGUCUAGCUACUCCGGCCGAUGUGUCUUUGUUGAUGCAACUUGGCGUGGAUGGUGUGUUUGUUGGCUCGGGUAUAUUCAAAAGCGAUCAACCGCGAAAGAGAGGCAAAGCCAUGGCCGAGUCAGUUACACAUUACAACAACCCCGAUAAAAUUGCUGAGCUCAGCGAAGAUUUAGGGGCAGCAAUGUCGGGCCCAACUUAUGCCAAUUCGGGAAAGUGAUGUCUGACUUUCUUUAAAUAUCCUUAAAUCGCAUAACAUGGAACUAUACCUAACUUUACCUCAAUUCCUUAAACAAAAUUCACAUUCUUCACGUUCUUUUAUAUUUGACAAUGCAUUUAUACAUGGGAUACAAUUUUACAUGAAAUUUUAAUAUAUACAGUUAAUAACA